AUGGCUGCUAUGGCUACAAUGGCAUGGUCCAAAGUCAUGCUUCUUUUAUCCUUUGUCUUGCUACAGGUCGCCUGGGUAGAUGCUUAUUCAAUCGACGAAUCAUGCAAUCACGCUGUCGGAAAGUCGAUGACAUUGGCAAAGGAUGCACAAACUGCAUUGGAUGGAAAUGACCCAAAUGUUAAUGAGUUGAAGGGGUGGUUCUUCGCCGGUUACCGUCUUGAUCUUGUUAAAGUCUUGCUGUUGACAGAUAUCUAUAAGAACGUGCAAGACUUCGAGACUUUGAAAAAUGUGGAUCUAAAUGAUAACCAUGACCCAAUCCUUUACUGCGACCUGUCUCGGUAUGAAGAAACCCAAGCCGAGGGCGAAGACGGAAAAGAGACUACAUAUCUUCUUGACAAGACCACCAAUCUCCUUGUGCCAAAGUCGAAAGAGUAUGAUGGAUGCAAAACCGGCGACACUGUUGCUUAUCGGUCAGCACAAUUGAAGAAUGGACAGCUAGUCAAGAACUCCAUCCAGCUCUGCCCUUGGUAUCUCACAGUUCUUGGCCAUUCAGCCUAUGCGACCAUUGAUGCUGUGACCAACCACAAGAAUCUUAAUGACUAUAACCCGAAGCGUCCGCCCUCGGACGGGGAGCCAAACGCCGAUGUAUUUGGUAGUCGACUCGACGUUUCUCUGUUGCACGAGUUCUCACAUGCUCUUGCCGACGAUAAGGGACAUACCGAGGAUUGGGAAUACAGAUGGGCAGGCUGUAUGUCAGCUGGGCCAGUAGGGUGCAAUAACGCGGAAUCUAUCUCGUACUUUGCGAUGGGUGUGCAACUGCUCAACAAGAAUGCUUAUUUCACCAAGGAGGGUAAUAUGGCCUUGUUGAAGAACAAGCCAAAGCCCGGAAAGCGAGAUGUACAAAUGGUUAUGAAACCCUGGACUGGCUGA